AUGGAAGCUAAGCCCAUCAAGUCAACUCACGAACUUACGAAUGAAAAAGAAGUAUAUAUAAACCGCAUCAAGUGUAAUUUAGGACAUGAUCCACUCCACUCCAAAGUGAAAAGCACAAAGAUGAAAUAUCAAGACAGCCGACAUUUCAGUCAUGACCAUUUCUUGCUCAGCCUCAAGAUCAACAAUGAUGAAGAAGCACGGCAGGGAAUCCAUUGUGAUGCAUGCAAGGAGAAAAUCACCGCUGAGAAGGAAGAAAAGCCCUUCUUCCAUGGCUGCAGAAAAUGCGAUUAUCACCUCCAUGACCGCUGUUUUCGAGCACCUCGUUCCAUCCAACAUCAAUCUCACCCUCUUCAUCCCUUAUCCCUUCUUUCCAUCCCCACUUAUUCUUCUCGCUCCUAUCUUUGCGAUGCUUGUGGGGACGAAGGCAAUGGCGAGUUCAGCUACGGAUGCGCUCAUUGCGGGUUUGAUAUCCAUCUGAAAUGCGCGCUUUUAUUUCCACCUUCGGGAAUUUUUAAUGUGAUUCAUCCUCAUGAACUUACGUUGAAGUUUGAUAAGAAUGAUUGCGGAAGGAUAAAAUCGUCGUGUGAUGUUUGCGAUGGUGGUUUGAGGGAAAAUCUAUGGCUGUAUUACUGUGGUGAAUGUGAAUUUGCUGUUCAUUUGGACUGUGUGAAUGGUCCUAAAGAUGAUGAGGAGGAGGAUAAGGAGGAGGUAGAAGAAAAAGAAGAUCAGGAAGAUGAUGAUGAAAAGAAGGUAGAAGAAAAAGAAGAUCAAGAAGAAGAUGAUGAUGAUGAAGCAAAAACUGAGGAAGAUGAUGACUCAGAUGAUAGCAGCGAGGGAAAUGAUGAUGAAGAAGAAGCAUUGAUGCGGGAGAGGAACAGGAGUCUAAGGCAGCGUAUUAGGACAUUGAUCAAGCUGCACAAGAAGUAG